ACAAAUCAAUAUAGUUAGAGUUGGAAGAAAGAUAAUUUAUUUCACAAACCAUAAUGCCAGCUGUAAGUCCUGCAAAAGAUUUUCUUGCUGGAGGAUUUGGUGGCAUGUGCUUGGUGGCCUCUGGUCAUCCACUGGAUACUAUAAAGGUACGACUUCAAACUCAAAGUAAAACUCAACCACUCUACAAUGGAACUUGGGAUUGUGCAGUCAAAACUGUCAGAGCUGAAGGCUUCACAGGACUAUACAAAGGUAUGGCAGCUCCUCUCAUGGGUGUUACACCUAUGUUUGCCGUAUGCUUCCUUGGCUUUGGCAUUGGCAAGCGUCUUCAACAAAAGAGUCCUGAUGAAAAGUUGAUGGCUGUACAGCUCUUCAAUGCUGGCAUGCUUAGUGGCGUGUUCACCACAGCCAUCAUGGCACCCGGCGAACGGAUUAAGUGCCUUCUACAGGUUCAACAAGCCAGCAGUGGACCCCAGGUCUACAAAGGACCCAUUGAUGUGGUUAAGCAGCUCUAUCGUGCUGGUGGCAUUGCCAGCAUAUACAAGGGGACCUGUGCCACUCUUCUUAGAGAUGUGCCAGCGUCAGGAAUGUACUUCAUGUCAUAUGAGUGGAUCAAGGCGUCUAUGGCUCCUCCUGGGCAAGAGGCACAGCUCAGCCCCCUGAGGACUGUGGUUGCUGGAGGUCUGGCCGGUAUGCUCAACUGGUGCGUGGCCAUCGCGCCUGAUGUGCUCAAGAGCAGACUACAGACCGGUAUGCUGGACUGGGAGAGG